AUAGACUAGACUAGAUCAGAGAAAGAAAUAAGAGACAGAGAUAAAGAGAAUUUGAGUUAGUGGUAGAGACACAGAACAGAAGAAGACUUAUCAAGCUCUUGCGAACUCCAUUGCAAGAGCUAGCUCAACAUUCUCUUCUUCUUCCGUUUCAGUUUCUGCCACCCUCUCAUUUAACUAAAUUUCUCAAUUUAGUAAGUUUUAGUUUUAGGAAACUAAGAUCUAGCUUUUCUUCUUAUCCUGCUUGUGCAAUUAUUCAUUACAUUUAAUGGUGUGGGUCUUCUUCAUAUGAAGUAGUUAGCAACAGACCACUGAUCAAAAUUCUUCUAUUGCUUUUAUUGAACCCCCCACAGAACCAAUAUAAUAAGAUAAGGGAGUUGAAGCUUUAGAGCCAUGGGGUCUUUGAUGGAAUGGGUUCCAUUGGCGACCAGUUUUAUCCAAGAAAGAGUUCAUGGGAUCAAGAAAUCAGAUAUAAUUGAUGGAAUUGCAAAUAUAUGGGAUUUGUUUAGAAUUUCAUUUAUUGCUCCAAUUCUCAGAGUAUUUGUUGUUAUAUGUUUGAUAAUGUCAGUAAUGUUGUUCAUUGAAAGAGUAUAUAUGAGCGCUGUGAUUCUUUAUGUUAAAAUAUUUGGUCUGAAACCACAAAAGAGAUACAAGUUUGAAGAGAUUGAAGAUGAUAUUGAGAAAGGAAGUUCUCAUUAUCCUAUGGUUCUUGUUCAGAUCCCCAUGUAUAAUGAAAAAGAGGUGUAUAAGCUGUCAAUUGGAGCUGCAUGUGGGCUUUCAUGGCCAUCUGAUAGAAUUAUAAUUCAAGUUCUUGAUGAUUCUACUGACCCAAUGAUCAAGGACUUGGUAGAAUUAGAAUGCCAAAGAUGGGCAUGCAAAGGAGUAAAUAUUAAGUACGAAAUCAGACACAACAGAAAUGGAUACAAGGCAGGAGCACUUAAAGAAGGCCUGAAACAUCACUACGUUGAGAUAUGUGACUUAGUCGCAAUCUUCGAUGCCGAUUUUACUCCGGAACCCGAUUACCUCUAUAAAACUGUUCCUUAUUUUAUACAUAAUCCUGAGAUCGGGCUCGUUCAAGCCCGCUGGAAAUUUGUGAAUGCUGAUGAGUGUAUAAUGACAAGAAUUCAAGAAAUGUCAUUGAAUUACCAUUUCAAAGUUGAGCAAGAAGUUGGUUCAUCCACCUACGCUUUCUUUGGUUUCAAUGGAACUGCUGGGGUUUGGAGAAUUAAGGCUCUUUACAGUGCCGGUGGAUGGAAAGAUCGAACAACCGUCGAAGACAUGGAUCUUGCCGUUCGUGCCAGUUUGAAGGGUUGGAAAUUCGUUUACGUUGGUGAUGUUCAGGUAAAAAAUGAAUUGCCGAGUACUUUUAAAGCAUUUCGGUUUCAACAACAUAGAUGGUCUUGUGGACCUGCAAAUUUGUUCAGAAAAAUGGCUAUGGAAAUCAUCAGAAAUGAGACUGUGAACCUCUGGAAGAAAGUUCAUACCAUAUACAGUUUCUUCUUUGUGCGAAAGAUUGUCUGCCAUAUCGUUACCUUCGUCUUUUACUGCGUCGUUAUUCCGACUUCCGCAUUGGUUCCUGAAGUCUACAUUCCGAAAUGGGGCUUGGUCUACAUUCCUUCAAUCAUAACCCUGCUUAACGCAAUCGAAACACCAAGGUCAUUCUACCUAGUGAUUAACUGGGUCGUUUUCGAAAACGUCAUGUCUAUGCAUCGAACAAAAGGUACAUUUAUCGGUCUGUUUGAGGCAGGGAGAGUAAACGAAUGGGUUGUCACUGAAAAAUUAGGAGAUGCGUUACUCAAAUCGAAAGACAACAACGGCGUUAAACCCGCAAUCAAACCAUCACAGAUACCUUUGCUGGCAAGAAUCAGAGAAAGAGUCUAUGCGAUGGAACUAUGCGUCGGAACUUACAUAUUUUUUUGCGCGUGCUAUGAUGUUGCGUUUGGGAAGUAUUGGUACUUCAUAUACUUAUUCGCUCAGGCCAUUGCGUUCUUCGUUACGGGUUUAGGUUAUGUGGGCACUCGCAUUCCUAACUCUUGGGAUUAAGGAAUGCAUCGUUAGCCGAAUACGAAAAAUAGCCUGUAACAGCACUGAUAUCAGUACUAAUUGUAAACUCUUCCUUACUGGUAUAUUACAUUUGAGAAUUAGUGGUAAAAAGUUUUGUAAUGGCAGUGCAUUUGAAUAGUUGGUUUUAGAUACAAUGUAGCAAUAAGAACACCAAAAUUUGUACAUAUUUCAUUUUAUGAUAAAUCAAAUAUCGCUCAUUCUUUUUU